AUGAAUUCAUCCAAUUAUGAUCCCAUCCGGAUGUGGAACUCAGGCUUACAAAUGGCUGCACUUAACUAUCAAACGCCCGACAAAUCUAUGCAAUUAAAUGAAGCCGUGUUUAUGCAAAACGGCAAAAGUGGUUAUGUUUUAAAACCUCAGUAUAUGUUUGACGACAACUAUAAUCCUUAUGAAAAGCCGUUAGAAUUACAGAAUUAUAAUCCAGUUAUACUGACAGUUAGGGUAAUCGGUGCCAGAAAUCUAAAGAAAUCACUGAAAGGAAUAGUCAGUCCUUCCAUCGAAAUAGAGAUAAUAGGCGUUGACUAUGACUGCAGAAAGUGCUUAACUCGAGUCGUCCAUGAUAACGGCCUGAACCCCGUUUGGUCGAGUGAGACGUUUGUGUUUAACAUAACGUGUCCCGAAUUGGCGUUAAUCCGCUUUUUGGUCUGUCAUUUGGACACUUUCGACGACUCGAGUUUUGUCGGACAUUCAACACUCCCUAUCACUUGUUUGAGACCAGGUUAUAGAAGCGUUCAAUUGAAGAAUGAGUUCAGCGAAGAACUCGAUUUAUCGACACUUCUUAUUCAUUUGGAUAUCAGAAGAGCUAAGGAUAAUAAUAUCAAGACUUCAGUAGAAAUGUUAAAACAUUUAUCGGAAAACUUGUCUAAAAUGAUCGCCGACUCAGAAAAGUGCGGAAACGAAACGGAAGUGAAAAGAUUUAAA